AUGUCCGUCGAGUUGCAGCUCCGCUCGAUUGUCCUCAUCACCGGCCGCGUCGGCCCACACUGUGCAGAGGAUAUUCAGCAGACCUCAUGCAUCCUCUCGCUGUUUGGUCCACAAAGGACGUCAGUCUUUGGCGCUGAGUCAGACCGUCUGAUUUCGUCAAUGCCUGUCGAACUCAAAGGUAGCUGCCACUGUGGUGCCGUGAAGUUCAGUUUGCUAUCCAGCACUCCCGUCCCCUACCAGCUCUGCGUGUGUUCCAUCUGUCGAAAAGUUGGAGGCGUCGGAGGUUCUAUCAACCUGGGUGGCCACAGCGAGACCCUGAAGGUCGAAGGCAAGGAGAAUAUUAGCGUUUACAAGGCUGUCAUGGGUCGAGACACGCCCCAGCAGACGAUCGCAUCUUCCGAACGCAACUUUUGCAAGAAAUGCUCGUCUAUGCUUUGGUUGUAUGACGAACAAUGGCCUGAAUUGAUCCAUCCUUUCGCCUCUGCGAUCGAUUCCCCGGAACUGGAGGUUCCUGAGACCAUGACCGUUUGUUUGGUGUCGUCGAAGCCAGCCUAUGUUCGUCUUCCCGAAGGCGACAAGAAAGUGUACAAGAAAUACGGCCCUUACUCCUUGGAAGAAUGGCACAAGAAGCACAAUCUCUACAAAGCUUGA